UCACUCCAUCCUUAGCUUGCUUCCUUCUCUCCACUCCACACAUCUUCACUGAAGUAGCCCCGUCCAACCCUGUCCACCGUUUUAAUCAACGAUUCCGCAAGUUGUGAGUCUUUACGUCAUUUGAGCUGCGUCAGUUGCUAAACUGUUUACUGAACCGCGCUAGUGCACCGUCGCAUAGUGGCUUUCCUGACUGCUUCUACCACUGAUUUCCGUACCAACUGCCACUGAAACCCUAAACUCGGAGCACAACUAUUACCCGGACUGUCAUGGCUGCCUCCGACUUCCAGCGGAGGACCCCUUGGCGUGUUCCCCGCGCCCCAUCGCAAGAUUCCGCGGAAUGCACCGGAUCUGCUUUCUUGCUCUCCCCGCAUGCUCCGCCCUCGCCACAGAUCCCGCUUUCCCCCCACUUUCCGCUUUCCCCGCAUGUCCCGCUCUCCCCGCUUCCUCCGCCGAACCCGACACCGCGCAGCCAUUCCUGCCCGAUCGACCACGCUGAUCCCAUCUACGCUUCCCCUGCUGCGCUGACGCGCAGCGCCAGUGCGCGUUCAGGCGCAGAGCUCUCCCGCCGCGCGGACUUCCCCCGUGGCGCAACUGCCGCCGCGCUCCCCUUGCCCCCGCUCGAGUGCGCACCUGCGAAGGCGGCUUCCGCCGCGGGAUCUUCGCUGUCCGCGGACACCAUGAGCGGGGGCGUUUGUGCGCCGCAAGUGACUCGGUCGUACUCUGCGCCGUUACAUUCAAAUGAAUCCGGGAGCGGCGGCGGCGGCGGCGGCGGCCGCACCGGUAAUGACGGUGCUCGUGGGGAGCAGCGGAGCUUGCGCCAAUCUGCGCGCGCAUUCGAUCCCUCGGUAUUGCCGCGCCUGUCGCAGCCGAGAGCACGCAGCGGCUUCGAGGCGGAGCGCCCAUACGUUGCGGAAAAUUACCGCCCAUCCCCGACGGUGCUAUUCGACGGGCGGCCCCCCUCCCCCGCGUUCGCGCUUCCCCCGCCCCCACUUGCGGAAUCACCCACUGUUUCUGCGCCCAACACGCCUGCGGCGGCGGAAUAUCCCACCCAAUCAGCAGCAAGACCCGGCCAACUGCUAGCCUCUCAGCAGCAGAGUCGAGCGGCUCUAAAAUCCCCGGUACCAGCGUCUCCGCUUAGUCGACAGCUCAGGGUUUCGGAGGGGGUUGUACCGCGACCGCCGACUCCCGCAGGGAACGGCGUAGCAGGCGUGAUUCGCUCGUGAGUUGGCGUGUGCCGUGACCGUGAGCGGCCUGGAUCCGGACUGUGUUCGAGGCCAGUGGGGCUGAGUUCCUUCUCGGAAGAAACCACCUUGACAUAUGGCUGGAGGCAUGCUUUUUCACGCAGUGCAGCGACUUUCCCCGUUGUUGCGUGUUUUGCUAACCUAGGAUAAAUUAUCGUACCAGCUUAUACAGAGGAUUCCUGGUGGCUUUUUGGCUCCUGAGUAUUGGUGUUCGUACAGAGUAUAUUAGUACUAAAAUUUGAGU